UUCACUGACACACCCUAUUAACCGCUGCUCGUUUAAACUGCUACCUAAAAAAGGUAGUGGAGGGAUGAUAGGGGCUCGGGAGAGGAGGAAGGGAGAGAAGAAAGUCGUCUGGUCAUCCCCACGUUUUCCCACGUCUCCGCGAGGGCGCAGGGAGGCUCAGCGCUGCCACCUGGCGGCUGCUUCUCCCCAGAUUGGGAGCCGGCUGGCGGCAGAGGCAACCCAGGCUCCGGGUGGGUGUGCCUCGCCUCCGCCUCGAGAAAUGGAGCAGAAGCUCGUAUUAUGCUUCAAAUCUACGUGGCCCGGGCAAACACUCGUUUUCUGCUUGUUCUCAUGAGAAAGUUGAGAGGAAAGGAAAAAUGAGUUGGCAUUGGUAGGAAGUGCUAACUCAAGGUGCUGGUCGCUGGUUAGAAGGGGAGCGAAAGUGGUUAAUAUUUAUUAGAAACGCAGGGUGCUUAUCUCUUAGGUUAAGUAAAAAUAAAUCUUAGAUUUCAUUUUACCCCAGAAUCCUACUUUGAUAUUUUACAAGUAAGAAAUCCUUCCAUAUAUUAUUUUUCAAUACAACCCCCAAAAGGGAAGUUAGUUCCGAUACCACUUCAUCAGCCCAAAAGGAUCAAGUGCGAGUGAAGUUUGUCUGCUUGAUUGAGAAGUAAAUUAGCCUCGGGUGGAGGAUUCCUUUCCAUAAAGGGUGGAAGCGAAAAGCCUGGGGCCUUUCAGCUGACAAAGGCCAAUAACAACAGAUUUCCCAGGGUUUCUUCCCUGUCUGCUAAAGCAACGAAGACAGGGUUUUUUCCCUCUUUAUUUUAUUUGAACUGAACACUUGUCAGGUCAGACCAGUUCCUACAAUCAUACUUUCUAUAACCGAGGCAAGGCAAAAUCUAGCAAAUCAGUGCAAAUCCAGAUUUGUUAAACUAAUUUUCCUUCAGCUUUUUUCCCUUCUCUGCCAUAGGAAUGUAUUAAGCAAUAGGACAGAAUCUUAUUUCCCUCUAAACCCCAUACCAUUUCAUGGCUGUGAGUUUUAUGUUGGGCAGGUGUGUGAGAGCAGGAGAAAAGAAAUGAGUUAGCAAAUAUUACAUCUCAAAUAGAAUUCUAUUAUUUAGUGGGAAAUAAAUAAAAUAUUUACCUUAAUUCACAAUUUGAAAUGUCUAACAUCAUUGCUCCUAAAGACAAUUAGUCUAUUAUUCUAAAACAGGAUUUUUUUUUCUUUGCAAAAUUAUCUUGGUUUACUGUUAAUAUGGCUUAAAGAGUAGCAUUAAGAAUUACUUCAUGUACUGCAAAGCCAGCAGAGGGAACACUGAGUUCUGAUUUAGUAGGGGCCACCAAAUAUCUGGUAUUUGGGGAAAAAAUGUCAGUAAUGGAGAAGUGGUUACGAAGCAUACGAAGUUAGGUAGUGAGAACACAGAAAUCUUUUCUCGUUAUUUGGUAUUCAGAGGCCUAAUACAUUCCAGCCUGCACGUACUUAGUUGGUGAGGAGGCUGACUUUAAUCAAAGGCCAUUUGUCACAUGGUUUCUUACAUUUUAAGAGCACUACUGACACAGAAGAACAAACCUACUUCAGAAGUCUAAGCAUUCAUAUAGACUAUAAUAAUCUUAUAAAGUCAGUGGAAAUUACUAAUACCAUAUUUCUUCAAUUCUAAGAAGUUUUUCUUGUCAUUUUCAACAUCUCUGAACUAGGGAGAUGUCUUACAAUCAGGGGGAUGUCACUGUUUCAUUGGCAGUUUUUCUUCCUGAGUGACAUGUAACAAUGGUGUGUCUUAAAAUCUAUUUGAUUUGUUGAAAUACAGAAAAUACAUCUAACAAUAGAAAUAGGCCAGUGGCUAUUUUUUUAGUACACACUUUUAAAAAUCUGUGCUUUAAGCACAAACAAAAUUACCAUGACUUCUUUGAUUAACUUCCACUUUUCCCCUAUCAUAUUCAGUGGUGGAAGCAUAAAUGGCUUUUAGAAAUAUAAUCAAUUAUAUUAAUACUCAGCUUGACUGAAUUAUCACAAACUACACCCUCAAAUCAUUAGUUGGUAUAACUCCCAAAAUAAAUAUAGUAUUUAUGUUUUUUUAUUCUAGUGAAAAUAUUGAUUUUAUAAAUAAUAGACCUCUUAAGAGCAAUUUUUAUGUCAGAUUGAGACACUGAGGGGUGUGUUCUGCUGUUUCAGUUCCAAGAAAAUAAAAUGCAUGAUAACACACCCAACUCUGUUAUAGGCAAAAAGGGGGUCUGUGGGUUUUUUGUUUGUUUGUUUUUAAGAUUUGUUUCCCCUUCUAAAAGAAAAAGUAUAUAACUUGGGUAGCUAAUGGUCAAAAAACAUUUGCUUUUACCCACAAAAACUUUCUGGCUUGUGGUUGAUCCUUGGAGAUCCAGUCAGAUGUCUCCAAUGAGUGCUCUUUCCAGUAAAAUUCUAAAUCUGACAACCUGGGCCUCUCGCCAGCCUACAUACUUUAAACGUUUGACAAGAUAAAUAGAAAUCUACUGCGUAGCACUAGCCUGAUAUGAAUGGAAAGCUGACUUUAUGUUGGGUUGGCCCUACCGAAGCACCUAUCAUUGGCCUAUAGAAAGUUUACUAGUUAUGGUGUUAGGGAAGAGCAAUUUUUACUCGAAUUCUGAUUUUCACACCUUGGAACAAAGGUAAUUUUUGUGGCCAAAUUAACGUGUAUUCUGACUACCUAGACACCUUUUUCUUUGCCACAUUCUUCAUCAUGCUCUUCACAAAAUUCCUAUCUUUAAAAAUCAAUGGGACAACAGGGCUGGCACUACCAUCCCACGAUGGUUCACAUCCAAGAUCUGUGAUAAUUUUUUCACAUCAGUGGCCAUCCUCAAUUUGAGUCUCUUGAACAACAUGCUGCUUCUUCUAGAAGGAGUGCCUGGCAUUUGAAUUAUCAAGGGAAAGAUAAUAGCAUUCAUUGAGGGCUUAAUAUACAUUAAACUCACUGAACCCUCACAGGAACCCUAUUUAAGUAGCUCCUGGUGUUCCCAUAUCACAGAUGAGGAAAACCCCAGGGUUACAAAACCAGGAAGGACUAGCAGCCAGGGCUAAUAUAAACCAGAGCUUCCAUUCUCCUCUGCUCCCGAUUACCACCUCCUUCUACAGUGUUUUUUGCCUUAGCCUUUUAGUUCCAUUUGAUUCAAGUAACAAAUAUACAGAAGAAAAUAUACAUAAAGGAAAGGAGGAGGAGGGUUUUGAGGGGAGAAGGAUGGAGAGUGAAGCAAUCUUUAAUUCUGAAAACGUGGGAAACAAAUAUUUAGAGGGUCCAAUCGAUUCCCAUUCUUUACCCACAUCAUCCUAUACAAAACUCUAUGGAAAUUCUCCCAUUGAGUUAAUUAUGGAACACACUGCCUAAUGUGUUCCAGUGGAAAGCUCCUCUGUUUGGGCUAUCCAGGAUUUACAGGGGAGUUUAAAUCAUGAAAUAACCAUAGUUAACCCCUGUUUGGUUAGGAGAGCAAGUAAUUAUUGCAAAAAUUCCUCUUCUCUGCCUUCCACAAACAGCACAAAAAUUGCUCUGAAGGGAUUUGCACAAUACAUCAACAUCUGUGCUGUACCUAGAGUUGUUAAAAUAAUUGUGAUGACAGGUGUCUAGGUACCACUUUCUUAAUGGUUUUCAAUAUCCACUGAUUUACUGUUGUGGCUUUCCCUCCCCCUUUUACAUCCUUGGCUUUAUGAAGGAGCCGAGGAACAGAUUUUGCACCAGAGGCUGAUUCUUUAUUCCAAUACUGAAAAGAACUAAUAAAAAUAAUCACUUGGCUUUUAAGCAGAAAGCUUCCAUUUACAGUAUUUCACCCAUACCCCCCCCUUCCAAGCCCCUUGUUAUCUAACAUAAUGGUUAGAAUACAUUUCCGUCUCUCCCCUUAAUAAUUUCAUGCAUUAACAUCCUCUUCACACCACACACACACACCCGCGCGCGCACGCACACACACACACAGCAAAAGGAAAAAAGAGGCAGCAGAAAUCUCAGCUGUACUCCUAGCCCUUUUAAAAAGUUUGCUCUGUAAAUUGGAAUGAGGUCAGACAUGGAGCUUCUCAUUGCACGCGGAGAUUAUUAUUGCAUCGGGUUCCAAGCCAAUGGGAAGCCCGGGGGAGGGGCUUGGCACGAGGAAGCGUUGGUUACAGCGGCUGAUUGGCCGCGGCCAAGACUGUGGAAGGAUAAAGAGGCGCGAGGCGGCAUUGGGGUCUGCUCUAAGCUGCAGCAAGAGAAACAGUGUGUGAGGGGAAGCGGCCUGCUUCGCUCCCGGGUCGCUAGUUCUUGCACGCUCUUUAAGACUCUGCAUUGGAGGAACUCUGCCAUUACGAGCUCCCUUCUUGCAGAAGGGAGGGGAAAACAUACAUUUAUUCAUGCCAGUCUGUUGCAUGAAGGCUUUUUGGCUUCCUACCUUGCAACAAAAUAAUUGCACAAACUCCUUAGUACCGAUUCCGCCCACAGAGAGUCCUGGAGCCAGAGUCUUUUUUGCUUUGCAUUGUAGCAAAGGGACUAAGUGAUAGAGACUAUGUCGCUUUCCUGAGCUCCUGAGAGCGCUGGUGAACUGGAAUCAACUGCUUCAGGGGAAGAAAAAAAAAAAAAAAAAGACUUGCCUGGGAGGCGGCGAGAAACUUGCUUUGGAAGCUCAGCAAGCAGCAUUCAAGAAACUCCUCUCCACUUCAACACGGUGACCAGACUCAGCCGAGAGACAGAGCAAACUACGGAACGGUGAGAGAGAGAGAGAGAGAGAAAGAGAGCGAGCGAGAGGGAGGGAGAGACUCUCCAGCCUGGGAACUAUAACUCCUCUGCAAGAGGCGGAGUACUCCUUGCCCGCAUCUUUUGGAGACUUUUCUCUCGUCGCCCGCCUCCGCCCCGGCGAGGAGUGGAGGGGCCCGCUCGGCCGCCGCGCGCGUCCUCCCGCCCGGCGUGUGCUUGGCCCGGGGAACCCGGAGGGCCCGGCGAUCGCGCCGCGGCCGCCGCGAGGGUGUGAGCGCGCGUGGGCGCCCGCCGAGCCGGGGCCAUGGUGCAGCAAACCAACAACGCCGAGAACACGGAAGCGCUGCUGGCCGGCGAGAGCUCGGACUCGGGCGCCGGCCUCGAGCUGGGCAUCGCCUCCUCCCCCACGCCCGGCUCCACCGCCUCCACGGGCGGCAAGGCCGACGACCCGAGCUGGUGCAAGACGCCGAGCGGGCACAUCAAGCGGCCCAUGAACGCCUUCAUGGUGUGGUCGCAGAUCGAGCGGCGCAAGAUCAUGGAGCAGUCGCCCGACAUGCACAACGCCGAGAUCUCCAAGCGGCUGGGCAAACGCUGGAAGCUGCUCAAAGACAGCGACAAGAUCCCUUUCAUUCGGGAGGCGGAGCGGCUGCGCCUCAAGCACAUGGCUGACUACCCCGACUACAAGUACCGGCCCAGGAAGAAGGUGAAGUCCGGCAACGCCAACGCCAGCUCCUCGGCCGCCGCCCCCAAGCCGGGGGAGAAGGGCGACAAGGUCGGUGGCAGCGGCGGGGGCGGCCACGGGGGCGGCGGCGGCGGCGGGAGCAGCAGCGCGGGGGGAGGAGGCGGCGGCGCGAGCGGCGGCGGCGCCAACUCCAAACCGGCGCAGAAAAAGAGCUGCGGCUCCAAGGCGGCGGGCGGCGCGGGCGGCGGGCUCAGCAAACCGCACGCCAAGCUCAUCCUGGCGGGCGGCGGCGGCGGGAAAGCGGCGGCCGGCGCCGCCUCCUCGUCCUUCGGGGCCGAGCAGGCGGGGGCCGCCGCCCUGCUGCCCCUGGGCGCCGCCGCCGCCGCCGCCGACCACCACGCGCUGUACAAGGCGCGGACUCCCGGCGCCUCGGCCUCGGCCUCCACCGCGGCCGCGGCCUCCGCCGCCCUCGCCGCCCCGGGCAAGCACCUGGCCGAGAAGAAGGUGAAGCGCGUCUACCUGUUCGGCGGCCUGGGCGCAUCGUCGUCGCCCGUCGGCGGUGUGGGCGCGAGCGCUGACCCCAGCGACCCCCUGGGCUUGUACGAGGACGGCGGCGCGGGCUGCUCGCCGGACGGGCCGAGCCUGAGUGGCCGCAGCAGCGCCGCCUCGUCGCCGGCCGCCGGCCGCUCGCCCGCCGAUCACCGCAGCUACGCCAGCCUGCGCGCCGCCUCGCCCGCCCCGUCCAGCGCGCCCUCACACGCGUCCUCCUCGGCCUCGUCCCACUCGUCGUCGUCGUCCUCCUCCUCGGGCUCCUCGUCCUCCGAUGAUGAGUUCGAAGACGACCUGCUCGACCUGAACCCCAGCUCAAACUUUGAGAGCAUGUCCCUGGGCAGUUUCAGCUCAUCGUCGGCGCUGGACCGGGACCUGGAUUUUAACUUCGAGCCCGGCUCCGGCUCGCACUUCGAGUUCCCGGACUACUGCACGCCCGAGGUGAGCGAGAUGAUCUCGGGAGACUGGCUCGAGUCCAGCAUCUCCAACCUGGUCUUCACCUACUGAUGGGCGCGCGGGCUGGGAGAAGAGGGCCAGGGGGUGGGGGCAAGAGAGGAAAAACAAAAAAGUGGACAGAGAGAGAGUGGAAAGAGAAAAGGGAAAAUGAAAAAAAAAAAAGAAAAGGAAAAAAAAAAGUGAGCAGAGCCGGCUUGGGCCGCAUCCCGGGCGUCGGAGAGGAGCGCAGUGGCGCGUUUGCAUCCGCGCUCCCAUCCCCCCACCUCCCCGGCCGCGGGGACGCGGGGACGCGGGGGAGGCAGCGGUAGACGGGGGCGACCUUUCAUUGUUGUUACUGGUGGUGGUGUUGAUGGCGAAAAAGCGACUUCGAGUUUCCUCCCCUUUGCUUGAAGAGAGCCCCCCCCACCCCCGUUUUCCAACGAGCUUCCGGACUUGUCUGCACCCCCAGCAAGAAGCCGAGCUGGUAAUUUUCUAGAGACUGAAGGAAUCUCGUUCCUCUCUCAUCGCCCCCUUGGUGUUUUUGUUUUGUUUUAUUUUAUUUCUUUUCUUGGUCAAGAGAGAAGGAAGGAAGAAAAAAAAAAUCCAACGCGCCCCUGGGGAUUUUGUUCUCAGCACCCCCGUCCUCCCCCGCUUUUUUUUCCCCCGAAGAAGACUGAAGGCUCCGGGGAGUGGAGUGUGACCGACGGCAGAGGUUUGGGGGUCGUGCAGGUUCGAGCGCCGGGACUGAGAGACUCCACGCUGGUGAAUUCCCCAUUUGGGGUUUUUUUUUUUUCUUUUACUUUUUCUUCCCUUUUUUUUUUUUUUUUUUUUUUCUUUCUUUCUGGCUCCUGCAGCCGGAGGAGGAGAUGUUGAGUGACCGGCGCUAGGAAAUGACCUGAGAACCUAGUUGGAAGCCACACCAGCGAGGGCGAGGGGCGGGGGAGAGAAGGACACGAACUGGCCUGGAAGGGGCUCCUAAUAAAACUGAAAUGGAUUUGCACGUUCGGGAGAAGGUGGCGGCGACUCCGGGGCCUCCACCUCCUGCAGAUAUGAAAUCAGUGAGGUGCGACUUCACAGGCCCGCAGGCGUGGAGGAGAGGAGACUUUGAUGUGGUACCGGGGCAGUGGAGGGCGAGUGGUUUCGGGGAAAAAAAAAAAAAGAUUUUUUUCUUCUCUUAAUCGGAAUCGUGAUGGUGUUGGAUUAUUUCACUGGUGGGGUUAAUAUAGCAUGUUAUCCUGUCUAUCUUUUAAAGAUUUCUGUAUAAGACUGUUGAGCAGUUUUUAAAAUAGUGUAGGAUAAUAUAAAAAGCAGAUAGAUGGCGCUAUGUUUGAUUCCUACAAACAAAAUUAUCACCAGCUUUUUUUCAUUCUUAACUCUUUAAGGGAUUCAAACGCAACUCAAAUCUGUGCUGGACUUUAAAAAACAAUUCAGGACCAAAUUUUUUCUCAGUGUGUAUGUGUUUAUUCCUUAUAGGUGUAAAUGAGAAGACGUGUUUUUUUCCCCUCACCGAUGCUCCAUCCUCGUAUUUUUUUUCCUUGUAAAUGUAAUCAGAUGCCAUUUUAUAUGUGGACGUAUUUAUACUGGCCAAACAUUUUUUUUCUUACUUUGUCCCUGUUUUUCUUUCCUUUCUUUUGCUUUUUUUUUCUUUUUUUCUGCUUCCUUCCUUUCUUCCUUCCUUCUGUUAUCUUCUUUAUCUUUAUUUUCUUUUUUUUUUUUUUUUUGGUAGUUGUUGUUACCCACGCCAUUUUACGUCUCCUUCACUGAAGGGCUAGAGUUUUAACUUUUAAUUUUUUAUAUUUAAAUGUAGACUUUUGACACUUUUAAAAAACAAAAAAAGACAAGAGAGAUGAAAACGUUUGAUUAUUUUCUCAGUGUAUUUUUGUAAAAAAUAUAUAAAGGGGGUGUUAAUCGGUGUAAAUCGCUGUUUGGAUUUCCUGAUUUUUAUAAUAGGGCGGCUGGUUAAUAUCUCACAGUUUAAAAAAUCAGCCCCUAAUUUCUCCAUGUUUACACUUCAAUCUGCAGGCUUCUUAAAGUGACAGUAUCCCUUAAUCUGCCACCAGUGUCCACCCUUCGACCCCAGUCUUAUAAACAGGGGAGGGAAUUAGCCAAACACUGUAUGCUUUUAAGACAGACAAAUUUUUUAAACAAAAUACUAUCCUGUCCAGAGGCUUUAAAACUGGUGCAUUUACAGCAAAAAGGGAUCCUGUAGCUUUAAUUUGUAAACCACAUCUUUUUUGCACUUUUUUUAUAAGCAAAAACGUGCCGUUUAAACCACUGGAUCUAUCUAAAUGCCGAUUUGAGUUCGCGACACUAUGUACUGCGUUUUUCAUUCUUGUAUUUGACUAUUUAAUCCUUUCUACUUGUCGCUAAAUAUAAUUGUUUUAGUCUUAUGGCAUGACGAUAGCAUAUGUGUUCAGGUUUAUAGCUGUUGUGUUUAAAGAUUGAAAAAAGUGGAAAACAUCUUUGUACAUUUAAGUCUGUAUUAUAAUAAGCAAAAAGAUUGUGUGUAUGUAUGUUUAAUAUAACAUGACAGGCACUAGGACGUCUGCCUUUUAAGGCAGUUCCGUUAAGGGUUUUUGUUUUUAAACUUUUUUUUGCCAUCCAUCCUGUGCAAUAUGCCGUGUAGAAUAUUUGUCUUAAAAUUGAAGGCCACAAAAACAAUGUUUGGGGGAGGAAAAAAAGAAAAAAUCAUGCCAGCUAAUCAUGUCAAGUUCACUGCCUGUCAGAUUGUUGAUAUAUACCUUCUGUAAAUAACUUUUUUUGAGAAGGAAAUAAAAUCAGCUGGAACUGAACCCUAAAUCUUGACUUUUGUCAUUAUUAUGCCCGAAGCUUGACAUUGGGAGUGCCCUACCUGAGUAGAAACUACACCAUCUGCCUUAGCUUUGAAACGAGUCAGUUCUUAGAGGAGCCUGUUACUUGCCAUCUUCUUGGGGAGUGCUAAGUUCCUCUCCGCCAGAUUUGGCAGGCCCUGACCCUGAAAUGAUGGCGUCAGCUGAAUGUGUGUCAACUCUACACGCUUUCUAGGAAUUUUCUGAGUUUACCAUAUUUAAAUAAAUGCCCUUUGUCUUCAAUUUUUGGGGGAGGGGCAACGUGCACAAAAUUCCUUACAGAUGAAACUGGCUGGCUCAUCUGUUUUUUAACUUGAUGUUCCUGAAGCAGCUUUCUCUUUGAGUUGGCCGUCGUGAACCACCUAGCAGUGGCUAGAAUUGUUUUCUCCGGAUUAAGAACAAAUGAGCCUGUGAAAUUGUCAGUAUAUAGUGGAGAAGGCCAUUACCAAUUAGGAAGUGUAAAAGUUGAAUAAAUUUUUUGCUCAAAAGCAGAAAGGUGUACGUGAUGUUAAAAUCUUGGUUUUGUGCCAUGCCCAGCAUGGUUAUUCAUGUAAGUAAAAUUGGACAAAAGGAAUGGCCUGGAGAAGUUGCCUGGGCGAGGGCUAAGAGGAAAGCUCUCCCACCCCCUCCCGCUCUGUGAGCACAUGUUCAGCUAGUGGAGACUGACACGUUUUAUAAGCAUCAGGUACAACAGCAUUAUGGAAACCUGCAUGCAAGGAGAAAAAGUACUUUGGAUUUCCUGAGGCCCAUUAGUAUUUGGUUUGGAGCCUGCCACUUAGCACUAUUUCCUGUUUAUGUUGAGGAUUAAUAAUUGCCAUUAACUAACAAAACCCGCCUUCGCUUUCCAAAUGUUUGUUAAUUAAAAAUGUGUGCUUUAUAUGUCUGCUGCAUUUUCAGCACAGGAGAGGAGGGGUUAAUAAACAGAAGUGUUUGGAAAUAACCCUUUAAUCAUGGAGAUUGCUUGUAGGUAAGGGGUUAUCCUUCAUCCUGAAAUGUACAGCUGGAAGAAGAGAUUUUUGGAGCUUAUAGUCCAAAACAAGCAAUUUUUUUGUUCAAUGAAAAGCAAUAAUUCUCCCCUCGAAAAUAAUAUAACUAUGGUGUUUGAGGAUCGUUUAGUCUUUUAAAGAUGAUUCGAGCUAGUAGUUUACAAAUUUUUCUUUCAUGUGUUCUGCUAAUAUAUUUAGUUGUAGGUGCAUUUGUGUUCUACAAUUGUAAUAUCUUUUUUUAAAGAUCUUAAAGCAACAUGGUGUCUUAAGUCUCUUCAAAAACCUUUGCAGUAGAAAGAAGUAUACAGUGUUUAAAUUUAAUUUUUGUUCAUUGUAGUGAUAAUAUUGUUUAGUUUUUUCAGAUCCAAAGUAUCAGAACUUUGACAUAAAUGAAGGCUAUGUAAUGCAUUUUUUAAAAUUUAUUUUGUAGGGAUCUAUUAGAACUAUGGUUAUUUUCCUUUGAAGGAUGCUUUAAAUAUUUUCUUCAAGAACUUUGAUAACGUUGCUUUAAAAAUAAAAGCUUAAUAUGUGUGUCCUUCCUCAUA